ACAUGUUUCACCACCGGUCACCAAUAAUCGACACUUGAUCAAUUUUUUACAUCAAAAAUUGUAAUUGCUACGUCGUAAUUCAAUCCGAGAAAUUGAAGUCUUGCCGCUUCUUCGGGUGAAUUACGAAGAGAAUGCUCAACGCAUUUGAUGUGGCAUUUAUUAAUGAAAUUAUUACACGCUUGUAAUUUGAAUGUAAUUAAAAAAAAUCUUAAUGGGACUGUUGCGGGUUUGUCGUUAAAAGUUGAAGUGUCGGUGCUGGAGAAGAAAAUAAAAACAUACGAAUAGUGUGAUGGAAGACGAAAGAAUUGUUGAGGCGAAAGGAAGAAUAAAUUCAUUUUUAUCGAUUGCCUGUGCGUUUACGAAAGUAAUAAAAACUUUAAUAGUAAUAUCAAUGAUAUUUGUUCUAGUUUUAUGAUUGAGUGUAUUGAAUAAGCUAGUUUUCAACUUUGAAAGAAAAAAAUCAACUUUUUAUCUGUUUUCCGAAGUUGUGAACUUGUGUUACUGAGUUGAAUAAAACCUUAUGUUGUGGAGUGAGGAGAUACGAGCAUAAAGGUACUCCAACAGGUGGCCGUAAUCCAGCUCACACGAUUCUAUCCCCACGUCCGGUGCAGUUUCAGUACUUUCAGACAAUCACAAUUCUCGGAAUUAUCAUUAUUCCUUUCUCCCAAAAUUAUCUUUUGCUAAUUAAAUUGAACGUCAGAAACAUAAGGUAGAGCUAGAAGUGCUUGCAGAGCUCCAUCCGCUGGGUAAACAAAGGAACACUUGUAGGAUUGUGGAAAAUUAAUUAAGAAAAUACGCCUGAUGAAGGAGAUAGCGUUAUAAAAAGUUGAAAGUACAAACGAAAACCGAGUCGACAAGUUUUUCCGGAAGGGGAAAUUUUAUCAAGAACUCUGUGAACAUUAGGUAAUGGAAUUUGUCAAGAAGUUUUUCAACUUUUUUCGAGUUUCCUCGCUGAGAAAUUUGAAUUGUUUUCCAAUAAAAAAUAAUCACAGACUUCAGAAAGAACUAUGAGUAAAUAUUGAGAUGCUCCAGAAUAAUAUGAAUUGCCUCAACACUCGGACUGUGAAAUAGCGAUGCACAGACCAUCCUAAAAACUGAUAACAUCAAAGAAUCGAGAUCAAAGAAGCUUCUUCAUAAAAACGAGCGCGCGAGAGAGAAUGGAGCUAGGAACCAUUAUUAACUAUUAUUAAUAACUAUUCUGAUACACAGUGGGUUUGACUUAAUGACUUGAGAAUCAUAAUACCAUAAAUCGUGAAAAGACCUUCACAAAAUUAGACCCACCGACUUGAGACUCCUGCAAAUCUACAUGAUAGUGCAGUGACUAAACAACAGAAUCUAAAAUUCAUUUCGACGAAUUUGUCGAGAAAAAUUCGACUAAACCGACGACCUGCUGAAAUCCGCCAGUCUAAUUUGAGCCGAUAAUGUCCAAAAGACCCUCAAGUGCAAUAAAAAUUCCCACAAGUCCCAAAUUAUGGAAUUAAUCACCAGCAUCAGCUUCAUCACGUAUCUAUUUUAAAGACAGCUGUCAAGAUGAAUACCGAAAUAAUUAUUACCGAGUCAACAUUCUUUAAUGACUCAGUUCAAAACAUCACAGCAGAUUACUUAACGUCAAACAUUUGGGUCCAGGGCUUUUUUUAUCUGCUGUACGGUGGAAUAUUUCUGAUAGGAAUGUUCGGUAACGCUUUAGUGUGUUAUGUAGUGGCUCGAAACACUCAGAUGCAAACAGUGACGAAUUUAUUUAUAACAAAUUUAGCACUGAGCGAUGUACUGCUGUGUGCACUAGCAGUACCAUUCACACCUUUAUACACAUUCCUAGGUCGAUGGGUGUUCGGUCAAACUCUGUGCCACCUAGUGCCAUACGCCCAGGGUGUCAGCAUCUACAUCAGCACAUUCACCCUAACGAGCAUCGCGGUUGAUCGUUUUUUGGUGAUAAUAUAUCCAUUCCAUCCUCGAAUGGCGAUCAGAGUGUGCUUGGGCAUUAUCCUAGGGAUUUGGGUGAUUGCAUUGCUGUUGACCCUACCGUAUGGACUGUACAUGACUCUUGAGGAGCCCUACACUUACUGCGAGGAGCAUUGGCCCAGUGUUCGAUUGCGAAAAUUGUUCAGCUCGUUUACCUCGAUACUACAAUUUGUUGUGCCAUUCUGCGUCAUCGCUUUCUGCUACAUCUGCGUUUCUAUUCGGCUUAAUGAUCGGGCUAAGCUCAAGCCUGGAAGCAAAACCAGCAAAAGAGAGGAGGCAGAUAGAGAGAGAAAGAGAAGAACCAACAGGAUGCUCAUUGCUAUGGUCACGAUAUUUGGAGUUUGUUGGCUACCCCUCAACAUGCUCAACGUCGUUGAUGACUUUUAUGCCGAUACUAAUCACUGGACGUACUACAGGUUGUGCUUCUUCAUAACUCAUUCCCUGGCAAUGAGCAGCACCUGUUACAAUCCAUUUCUCUAUGCCUGGCUCAAUGACAACUUCCGGAAGGAGUUCACGCAUGUACUACCAUUCAUAAAACCGAGAAACAGCACUCCACGAACAACCGAGGCUUACAGGAGUGAAAAGCUGUGCAAUGGCAAUGAUACGGUACAAGAGAGUCUUUUAUCGAGUCUUGCAUCAAGAUCGAAUCAAACGAGAGAGUCUAUACAACUGGAAUCAAGGCCAGUAUUGACGCCUGUAUUUCAUCCGACGGAGCGCACAAUCAACGAGUUCACCGACGUCGAAGAUGUACUUUUAUAAAAGCAAAUAGUCCCAGUGAAAUGUCAUCAAUGAAAAAAAAAAAUUGAAUAUCGAAAGCUGAAAGUGCAGGCAGAGACUCUUCAGACUCCCGACACAAAAUGGAAAAUGCAUUCUCACUGACUCAACACUUUUAAUAAUCAAUAAAAUUGUGUCAACUCAUGUUAAAUAAUUAUAUUCCUUCAGUCAAAAAACGUCAAUUACCCUAAUCAAAAUUUCUAGCCGAUAAUUUGUCAUCUCUCAGUUAAUUACACGACAGUAUAUAACGGGAAUAAUAAAACAGCUUUAUUAUCGGAAUUUGCUUUUCUAGUUAUUAAGUUUUAAUUAAUUAACUCGGUAUGGUAUCAUCCCGAAAAUAAGGGGUAGGGAUGGAACUGUAAUUUAGAUCGAUUUAGAUUGAGUUGGACUGAAUGACAAGGGACUUCUCAUUUAUUUGCGCUUUUCUCAUCAAUCGCGAGGAGUGUACUCCAUUUUUGUCGAAUAUUAAAGAAAAGAUUUUUUAUUUAACAAUUCAAUGGGUGCAAUGUUGGGAGCUUUGUUACAGUGCAUUGUAAACAUUCGGUAAAAUAGAAAAUGUUUGUAUUACGUGAUGUAAGUAAAUUAUAAUUAUGGAAAUCAAGUUAAUAAAAAAUUGUGUCAGGACCACUGAGAGCAA